AUGAGCUACAAUUAUUUGUUCAAGAUUGUGGUUGUUGGUGAUCACAACUGCGGUAAAUCAUGUAUUCUGCUACGAUUCGCCGAAAAUUCAUUUCGACACGACCAUAUAAGUACACUGGGUGUUGACUUCAAAUUAAAAACCAUUAAAUUGGGUCGUGAUAAAAUUCGUCUUGAAUUAUGGGAUACAGCAGGAAUGGAACGAUAUAGGACUAUUUACAAUUCGUACUAUCAUUCAGCACACGGAGUAAUGUGCGUUUAUGAUUUAACUGAUGAACGCUCUUUCGAAAAUCUACAAAGUUAUUGGCUGAAAGAAAUUCGAAGUAAUGCGCCUUCGAACGCAGUGCUUAUGCUGGUGGGUAACAAAGCUGAUUUGGAAGAUCAACGCAAAGUGGACUUUGAUCGUGCAGAGCAAUUAGCAAGUCGUCUUGGUGUUUCAUUAUACGAGGUAAGUGCUAAAACCGGAAUCAACUGCGAAGAAGCGUUCCAGAACUUGGCAGCCGCAAUGCGUGAUCGUCUUUUGGUUUCAAAUAUGCAUUCGGAUUCAGAAGAUGACGACCAUUUGAGUUCAGCGUUUCACGUUGACGGUGUAUCGUUACCCGACAAGAGGAAGUCGAUUAUAUCGUCGUGCUGUUCAUCCGCUCCACCGCCAGCUUUUGUUUGA